AUGUCACGUCUCCCAGCUGAGCUUUUGGCCAAGUAUCCCUCUCUCGGAAAAUUCGAUGAUAAUGAUGACGAGAUCGAGUCCCAUGAUGGUCGUGAGACCGUUCUCCUGAAAUACAUCUACUCUCACCCCUCACUGGAUGAGCUCCGCGGCUCACCGGAAGCCAUCUGUGCCAUCAUGGAUGAAUUUGCCGCCAAAGAAGAUUUCCUAAUUAAUAUUGGAAGUGACAAGGGGAAGAAGGUGCAUGAUAUGAUUAAAGAGAGGAAACCUUCAGUUCUGGUUGAGCUUGGUGGAUAUGUGGGAUACUCUGCGAUCUCGUUUGGAGAUGCUAUGCGCCAGGCAGCUGGACCGGGAGAAAAUGUCCGUCUAUGGAGUCUCGAAUAUGAUCCGCUUAUUGCAUCCAUCGCAAUGAACUUGAUUGACCUCGCUGGUCUGAGUGACGUUGUCAAGGUUGUUGUGGGUUCUGCUGCGGAUUCGUUGAAGAGGCUUCACGCAGAGGGAAAGCUUACCAAUAUUGAUUUCUUAUUCCUGGAUCAUGUGGAGGAUCUCUACUUGUCUGAUUUCCAGGUCUGUGAGGAGCUCAAGCUUCUCCGUUCUGGUGCGUUGGUCGUGGCAGAUAAUGUGGUCCGACCUGGUGCUCCAGAAUAUCGUGAACAUAUUCGUCAGCAUCCUGGAGUGGAAAGCUGGGGUGUAAAGGGGAUGAUUAUGCCAGGCGAGUUUGAGGAUGAACUCGAAGUGACACGGAUUAAAUAA